AUGCCAUAUAGGGAAGACGACGAAGAACUGAGGUACCUCAGGUAUCCCCAGACUGGCGGUGUCUACAACUACUCCAACGAUGCCGUCGAUAGCAUCAAUUUCCAACAGCCCCAGCGCGUCUACAGCAGUCAGAUGCAUCAGUCUAAUGACAAUUUCUUAGACUACUACGAGGACGAAAGACCCCUGGCCAUGUUCAACACGCUGCAUGUGCCUCCUCCACCUCCUCCAAGAGAGCCUCUACCGUCCAACGAUCCUUUUAGAGACAAUGACUUUGAAAUGGGGGCCUACCCUCAGCCAUACCAGCCCACCGCGUACGAUCCAGCGGCUUCGGGGUUCAAUUUCUCCCAGGCGUUCGUGCCUCAUGCUUAUGAUGACGAGGAGGAGCAUCAAUUCGACAGAGAGAUCGAGUUCAACAGGUUUGAAGGUGAAGAUUUGGACUUACAGACCGUGCACGUGGCCGACUCCGAUUCCGAACAAGAUGGCCAGACUAUCUACGACCAGGAGAUGCAGCUGCCUUUUGCUGAAACCGGCGAAGAGUUUCCCGAGCCGCCUGAGCAGGAAGAGGUCCGUGAAAAGCCCAAACUCGGUAUAGCCACAGGUCACAACGGUCACUUGGUUUUGGACUGUCCUGUGGCCACAGAGCUUCUUACCAAGUUUCCCGACUAUGAUCCCAGUUUGCAAGACGGUGGCCUAAGUAGAGAGUUCUCCUACAUGAGAUACACCGCCGUGACAUGUGGACCUUCGAACUUCUGGAGAGACGGCUACAUCUUGCGUCCUAUCCAUUAUCCUGUGAGGCGUCAGACCGAGUUGAUGGUCGUUAUCACCAUGUAUAACGAAGAUGACAUUCUUCUUGCGCGUACUCUCAAGGGUGUGUUCAAGAAUAUCAAGCAUUUGGAGUCAAGAUCGCGGUCUCCAGUGUGGGGAAAGGACUCGUGGAAGAAGGUCGUGGUUUGUGUGGUCAGUGAUGGCCGUUCGAAGAUUAACGAGCGUGCUCAGGCCCUUUUGGCUGCUCUUGGUGUCUACCAGGAGGGAUUGGCCAAAUCCAGAAUUGACGAUAAGAAGGUCCAGGGCCAUAUCUACGAGUACACCACUCGUGUAGGUAUCUCGUCAGUCGAAGAUACCGUCAAAUUGACGACCGAGAAGGUUGUGCCGGUGCAGAUGCUUUUCUGUUUGAAGGAAAAUAAUGCUAAGAAGAUCAACAGUCAUCGUUGGUGUUUCGAGGCGCUCUCACAGGUUCUCGAUCCAAAUAUCGUCGUCUUGCUCGACUGUGGUACCCAGCCCUCUGGUAAAUCCUUGUACCACCUAUGGAAAGAGUUCGAUAAAGACCCUCGUGUGGCCGGUACCUGUGGUGAAAUCAAAGCUUCUUUGAAGAAGAGACAAGUCCUUACCAACCCAAUUGUUUACGGCCAGAACUUCGAGUACAAAAUCUCCAAUAUUCUCGAUAAGCCCACUGAAUCUGUCUUUGGUUUCAUUUCGGUCUUACCUGGUGCUUUCUCGGCUUACAGAUACGUCGCCUUACAAAAUGACAUCAACGGAAAGGGUCCGUUAGAAAAGUACUUCAAGGGUGAGUUUUUGCACGGAAGUGGUGAGCUUGAUCCAAAUGAUGACGAGUAUCAGCUUAAGACUAAGAUGUUGAAGGAGGAGGCCGGUAUCUUCACCUCCAACAUGUAUCUUGCCGAAGAUAGAAUUCUUUGUUAUGAGCUCGUUGCUAAACCAGGCUGUUCUUGGGUCUUGCGGUACUGUAAAUCCGCCAGUGCUGAAACCGAUGUUCCUGAAGGCCUUGCCGAAUUUAUCUUGCAGAGAAGAAGAUGGCUUAAUGGUUCUUUCUUCGCCGCCAUUUACUCCCUUGCCCAUUUCUACAAGAUUUGGCACUCGCUGCAUAGUAUCGGAAAGAAACUCAUGUUCCAUGUUGAGUUUUUCUAUCAGCUCAUUAAUCUUAUUGUCUCGUGGUUUUCCAUUGGCUCCUACUUUUUGGUUUUCCGUAUCUUGACCACAUCGCUAUCAGACGAUAGUCUUAAUUUUGCUCCUGGUAACGUUUUAUCUGUGAUCUUUCUAUGGUUAUAUCUUGCAUCCAUCGUGACCACAUUCGUGUUGAGUUUUGGUAAUAAACCGAAGGGAACUGAGAAAUUCUACAUUGUCAUCGUGGUUUUCUUUGCCAUUCUUAUGGCAUACAUGAUUUUCGCAGCUAUAUUCAUGGCCGUCAACGCCAUUACACAAAUUUAUCAGGACAAUAGUGGAGUUUCGGUGUCGCUUUUCUUCAAAAACUCACAAUUCAGAGACUUGGUUGUCGCUACUGCGUCGACUUAUGCAUUGUACUUUAUUGCAUCAUUCAUGUACUUCGAACCAUGGCACAUGUUCACAUCGUUCGUCCAGUACAUUUUGCUUUCACCCUCCUACAUUAAUGUGUUGAAUAUCUACGCGUUUUGUGACACAGGUGCCAGCGAUUUGGGUGCUGCUAAGGUCAGAGAGGAUGGUACUUUUGACGUCAAUAUCCCUGUUCUUAAAGAAGAGAUCAACCAAUCAUAUUUGAACCAGCUUGAGAAGAUCAAGAAGCCAAUAGAAGCUGAUGAAGGUAACUACAAGGGCUCCAACGAGGACUAUUAUGCAUUUGUGAGAUCCAUGACAGUUUUGAUCUGGAUGAUCUCCAACUUUGUCAUUGUGGCCAUCGUUCUAGAAACCGGUGGAUUCAAUCAGUUCAACUCCGACAGUGAAACAGAUGUGAAUAAGAACGAUAGAUCUAGAGUUUUCCUCACAGUGAUUCUUUGGACGGUGGCCUUCAUGGCUCUCUUCCGUUUCAUAGGCUGCACGACCUACUUGAUCUUCAGAUUCAUGGACAAGUUCAGGCUGCCCAGAACUGCCUCCUACGCCGCCCAGACUACCAUUGUGGAGGAGGAGGCCCAGCGUGGAGGAAACAGCUCUAGUACCUACUGGAUCGAGGAGCUACGGAGCAACUGCGGUAAUGAGCUCGUGGAUAAGAAAAUUGAAAGCAAGCUCCGAGCGAUCGAGCAGGAUUUGGACAAGCUAAUAGAGGAGCUGAGAGAGGCGAGCAUAUUGGAGGAGCUCGAGCGGCUACAGCAUCUUCGGCCGGCAGAAACAACGAACAAUAACCAGAAAAAAAUAGCGGCUGGCGCAGCGCUUCUUUUCACAUUCGGCGCCGUGUCUUUCUGGCUCGGCCACAUGUCUUACGAAUACUGCUACUACUGGUGCUAG